GUUGUUUUUAGCAGGCAACUUCUAUGUAACCGGUGCCCAAGUAAAUAAUUACCCGAUCGUAUAUACGUUUUUUUUUAACACUUGUUUUGAUUUCUACCAAAGAAGGGGUUUUGUCCAUGCAUGUGAUCAUACACCUACAUGUCUUCAUGAACAUUCUGCAUCUGAUAUCAUCUAAAAAGGAGGAAUCCCCUAAAAUACAGAAACUCAAAGAGUCAUGUAAGGACACUGCAACAUGCCCUGUGUCAUUCCCAAAAGAUGAACUGCGCGAGCGACUGACACCUAUACAGUACAAGGUCACACAGGAGAAGGGCACAGAGAGGGCAUUCAGUGGGGAGUAUAACAAGCACAAUGAGGAGGGCUCGUACCGAUGUGUUGUCUGCGGCAACCGGAUAUUCACCUCGGAAGACAAGUACAACUCCCAGUGCGGCUGGCCUGCCUUCUCUAACGUGCUGUCACAGGAAGCAGUCACGCUCGCUGACGAUACAUCUCACGGUGCUAAGCGUGUUGAAGUGAAAUGUGCCGACUGCAAGGCUCAUCUGGGGCACGUGUUUGAUGACGGGCCCAAACCAACGGGCGUCAGGUUCUGUGUCAAUUCAGCCGCUCUCAAGUUCAAAAAAGAGACUACAGUAUGACCUUCUUUUUUCUGGUUUUGGGCUCCAACAUUUCACUAGUUGCCUAUAUUAAAGCAUGUUUGCCAUAUUUAUGUAAUGUAGUACUUAUGAUAAUUGUCUCUUUGUUAAGUGUGUUUUGAUGUGUAUAAUAAUUUAUUGUAGAAGCUCUUGAUUUUUUUUAAGUUCAAUUUCAACCAUGUCGUUUUAUGCAUUGAACAAAUGUGUUUGAAUAAUUUCUUCUUUAUUGUUAUGAUAUUCUAUACCUGUAAUGUUUUAUAUUAAGAAUGUUAUUGAAAUGAUAUUUAACAAUAUUUUGCAUUUAUUUUAAUCAUAGUACAUUUGUAUCAAAUUCAGUUAACUUACGAAAAUAAAACAAUGCUCAUUAUUUUAUAAACAUUAUUAUUUUGGGGAUUUUUUUGUGUUUUUAUUGUUCAGGUUUCUGUGUUACUCAAAUCUGUUUUUUGUUUUUGUUUAUUAUUGAAAAAAAAGCAUAAUGUCCCUGGGCAUCAUAUUUCACGCCAAUGUUUUGUUUUGUUCUUUGUUAAUUGUUAGUUUUGUUGUUCCGUUUGAUAUUAAUUUACAUUUUGUUGUUGGAUGUUCUUACCUGUAAUUGACAUUAUUAACUUACUUACACACAGGCUGAUUCUCAUGGUAUAAUUUACAAAUGUCAGGAAACCCAUUUCAUUUUCUGAUGUGAAUUUUGAGUUUUAUUCUUGUUAUUGAUUCAGUUAAUGACUAAUAUCGUAUUUACUGAUUUACAAUCCCCUGUGUUAUUUCACUGUGUUUAUUAUAUGCAUUGGGUCCUGGAAAAACUGUGUGUAAUUAUUUCCGCCUUGUAUCAUCUCAAUACAUUAUGAAUCAUAAUGACUAUUGCUGAAUGCAUCUUGUUAUAGUUCUAAGAAGAGACUUCCUUGGUUAUGCACAAGCAUGAAGUUUUAUUUUCAGAUAACACACCUCAUACAGUAAUAAUCUUUUCAAUGAAAUGAUUAAAAUUAUUUAACACUGUCUUUGUUUUUUGCCUGUUUUUCUGUAACAUUUAUGACCUUGGUGAGAUUCAUUUUAAUAUUUAAGAAUAACUUUAUGAGAAAGUAUCAUGAAACCACCUUUUUUCGGUUUGGUUUUAGUUCUUAUCAAACAUGAAGUCCUCAAGGCAAGCAUUUUAUAUUAACCCAUUUAUGCCUAAUGGACUCUCACAUCCUUCUAAAUUGGAUCAAUUUAUUUUCAAAAUUAGGGAUGUUUAGUAUACUUAUUUCUCUAUUUAGAAUAUUUCUUACAGAAAUUCCUUUAAGCAAACAGCGCAGACCCUGAUGAGACGCCGCAUCAUGCGUCGUCUUAUCUGGGUCUACGCUUUUUGCCGAGGCCCUUUUUCUAGACGCUAGGCAUAAAUGGGUUCAAUCUAUGUCUGGUGUUGUGUGUGAUGAGGUGGUCAACUUUUACCUCUUAACACUCAAGAGGCCAAUAUUCUUACUCUUGGUCAUGAUGGACCUUGGUCAGAAUGGUCAUGAUAAACCUUGGUCAGAAUGUUUCUUGACAAUAUCAAGUCUGAUUCUUGGUCAUGUGAAUCCCAAAAUAAGAAAUCAUAGACUUAUCUUGUUGGCACUCUAGAAGACACAUUUAUUUAUAAAUAUUGAUGAAACUUGGUCCGAAUGAUAACCUUAAAAAUAUAAAGGCGGAGUUCAAAUCUUGUUAACAUGAAUCCAAAAACUGGUUUGCAGAUGGAAACCAUUUAACCACUCAGUUUAACAAUAAUCAGGGUGCAGAAUUCACUGGGUUUUUAGGGAGUUACACACGGGCUAGACAGAAUGGAAACACACCGUUAAGAACUUUAUUUUUGCAAAUAUCUCAAGUUAUUGAAAUACAUUUGCAAAAAUCUUGUGUGCAUAAAAGACAGGUUUUCUUGCAGUUUGUGCCAAUAUCUAAAGGUACAUGUAUAAGAAUUCUUGAAUACGUCUGACAUCGGUGACAGAAUUUCACCUUGUGUAGCGCAUAGUCGUCCAGAAUACAUGGACUUUUUGAACAAAAACACAGGCUUAUUAAAUAAAGUAAUUCUGAUGUAUUUCACAUUGCCACAAGCAGCACAAAAGUCUGUCUUUUAUGCACUAGUUGAAAUUCUUCAGAAAAAUUGUUUUAAAAAGUUAUUUGGAACAAAGCAGCACUUACUGAUGUGUUACAUCCAAUAAUGUUUAAUAGAGAAAACCCCACAAAGUCACGUGAUCCUGCAUCCUGAUAAUGGUCAUUAUUCAAUAGCCGGAAUCAGUAUCUAAUUGUAAUCGCAGGUGAAAUUUCUCAUACCCGAUUAUAAAAAUGACUUAAUUUCUUUUAUCCCGAAUUACUUUUCUUUUUCACCUAGAGUGGCAGUUGGACUUGUGGUUAGUUAAAAGACUGUCUUUAUAGAACAGGGUCAGAAUCUUGACACUAUUAGGGCCGUGUUUUUGUAUGGGUGAAGUGCAGUGACAGACUUGUUCAACAGAUUAAGUCUUUGACAAUUGGUGUACCUUAAACUCGGGUCGGGGCUUUAGGGCCCCCUUGUUAAUUGUUCAAUUUUUCAUAUUAUUCUUGCAUGUUUUGGCAGAUAUACAUUUUAGUGUUUAAAAUGUUGUCUUGUAACAGUACACCCAGUUCAACCAAAACCAUGACUUUUUAGAUGAUCCAUUUCAUUGGUACACUUUGCAUAUCUCUUUAAAUCUUACAAGCCCAUAUCAAUAUGUGAAAAAUGCACAAUGCGAAACAUUUCCUUGCUGUUUUGCACAUUUUUAUUCUAUUUGCUAUCGUCUUUUUUAUGUCCCCCACUAUAGUAGUGGGGGACAUAUUAUUUUUGCCCUGUCUGUUGGUCUGUCUGUUGGUCUGUCUGUUGGUCUGUCUGUUUGCGCCAACUUUAACAUUUUGCAAUAACUUUUGCUAUAUUGAAGAUAGCAACUUCAUAUUUGGCAUGCAUGUGUAUCUCAUGGAGCUGCACAUUUUGAGUGGUGAAAGGUCAAGGUCAUCCUUCAAGGUCAGAGGUCAAAUAUAUGUGGCCAAAAUCACUCAUUUUAUGAAUACUUUUUAAAUAUUUAAGAUAGCAACUUGAUAUUUGGCAUGCAUGUGUAUCUCAUGGAGCUGCACAUUUUGAGUGGUGAAAGGUCAAGGUCAUCCUUCAAGGUCAGAGGUCAAAUAUAUGUGGCCCAAAUCGCUUAUUUUAUGAAUACUUUUGCAAUAUUGAAGAUAGCAACUUGAUAUUUGGCAUGCAUGUGCAUCUCAUGGAGCUGCACAUUUUGAGUGGUGAAAGGUCAAGGUCAUCCUUCAAGGUCAGAGGUCAAAUAUAUGUGGCCCAAACCGCUUAUUUUAUGAAUACUUUUGCAAUAUUGAAGAUAGCAACUUGAUAUUUGGCAUGCAUGUGUAUCUCAUGGAGCUGCACAUUUUGAGUGGUGAAAGGUCAAGGUCAAGGUAAUCCUUCACAAGGUCAAGGUCAUCCUACAAGGUCAAACAUCAUAUAGGGGGACAUUGUGUUUCACAAACACAUCUUGUUUUAGAUUGUUCAUGUAUUUAGAAACGGCAUUUUGUUUUUUAUACAUCCAAAUUCUUCUAUGGAAAUUCUUUUUCUUUUCUUUUUCUUUUUAUGAAUUUUGAUUGAAAUUCUGCAUUUGUGAACCUCAUUAUGUUUUUUGUUGAAGAUUUUGUCUCACAUUUUAUCUUUUGUCAAUUAACGGCUUUUUUAUUGUUACCAUUCUGGUGAAGAAGUUUUAAUAUUUCUGUUUGUUGAUUGUGCAAGACCUUACAAAAGUGUAAUCAGUUUUGCUACACAGGUCUGAAUAUAAGUAUAAAAUGGUGACAUGAUAAUGAAAAUAUUCCCCCUCCCCCACCAAUAUUCCUUUAACAUACUGAUGUUGUAUAGUACAGACAAUUCUGUGGUUGUCAGAUAGUGAUUAUCAUGCAACUAAAAUAUGUUUGAGUUAUAAUGUUUACAUUUUGAUUUUGAAAAUGGAAAUUUUGUAAAAUGUAAGUCAUUUGAUGAUUCAUAUACAUGUAUCAUGCUAUUGUUAUGUUUCAAAACAUCCAGCAUUGGCUAAUUUAUUAAUGCAUGGCAUAAAAGAGGUGGCGCCCAUGAUGGUAGUUGAGUGUGAAAGAUAAAUGCUUUUUAUUGAAACUUACACCUAUGUUACCAUGGAAUUAUUAUACCCCCACAAACGAAGUUUAGGGGGUAUAUAGGAGUGAGCUUGUCUGUCGGUCUGUCCGUAUUAAGUGUGUGCUCUCUAAUUCAAGUUGUUUUCAUCCGAUCUUCACCAAACUUGGUCAGAUGUUGUAUCUAGAUGAUGUCUAGGUAAAGUUCGAAUAUGGGUCAUGCCGGGUAAAAAAUGAGGUCACGGGGUCACUUAGUGCGUUUUAAACAUUGAGCAUGGUGUCCGCUCUCUAAUUCAAGUAGUUUUCAUCAGAGCUUCACCAAACUUGGUCAGAAGUUGUAUCUAGAUGAUGUGUAGGUCAAGUUCGAACAUAGGCCAUGCCGGGUCAAUAACUAGGUCAUGGGGUCACUUAGUGCGUUUUAAACAUUAAGCAUGGUGUCCUUUGUUUUUUGUGAAGACAACAUGCAAAAUAUUCUGUGUCAAUGCGGCAUGUGGAUGUAUUCGUCAGGUCUGUGACAAAGCUCUAGUUUAUUUUAUUUUUUUUACUAUUUAAAUAAAUUUGCCCAUCAAAAAGGUCAUUUAAAUAAAUGAUGAAAAUUCUAAAAUGGACUAGUCCUUUCAAAACCUUUUUUGUAAGUGUUGAACUCUCUGAAUUGUUGUGCCAUUGCUUCCUGCCUGUCUCCUGAUAAGUGAAGUAAUGAAAACUGUUAAGAUAUAUCUACUUAUACAAUAUACAUGGUUAAACGAUCUUUUCUGUUGAAGUCAUUGUAUGCAUUUUUUAUAUUUGGAAACUUUACCGUUGUGUAUUUUCUGAUAUUAAAUUUUAGAUUUACAUUUGCUUAUAUUGUUUAUUAUGUUUGCCCAUGUUUCAUGAUGAUAUGGAUUGUGCUUUCGCUGGAAAUCACUUGAAAUAUAUCUGUAUUAAACCAUUUAUGUGGAGUUAUUUUAUAUAAAUUAUUUAUUUCAAACAUUUAUUUUGUGAUAAUUUUUCUGGUGUUAAGAACUUACUACUAUAGAUCAUUUAUACUUGUUAUUUUAUUGGAGUGAACAUGCUUAUUUUUGCAAAUCAUUAUUAUAAAGCUUUUCUAAAAUGUUGAUUAUGAAAUAGUAAAGAUGCAUUAUGAAAUACUUUUUUUCAUUGAAAUAAUUUGUGCCGCUAAGACCACUCAAACUAUUUUGAACGUUUGUCUUUGCUUCUCUUGGUGGAAUUUGCUAAAUGCUAUAUUUUGUGUGUGACCGAAACUGUUUCAUUCUUUAGUUUUUUCACAUGUACAUUGCACAUGUAUAUAAUGAAGGCCUUAGAUUUUAGUUGGAAACACCCUUUUGUCAAACGUUAGAUAUUUGAUCUUCCAUAUCGUUCAAAAAUAAUUAACUCGUUGCCAUGAAUAUGCAUACAAAUGUUUGGCUGGUCUCCCUUGAUUAUCAUUGAAAUAUCGCCGCCUAUAUUUUACAUUGACUGUUCGUUGUUUUUUUGCUGAAAAAAAAACACACACAAGAUUGAACCAGCCGAUCUCUUUAAACAGUUUUACUAUGUUGCUAGGCAUUUAUUUCAAAAGCACAUCCACGAUUGCAAUUAUUAUUUACAAGACGGAAAGCGUUGUAAUCGGUAAUUACAUUAUCAAUUCUUAAUUUAUGUUCAUAUUUAGGAUGAGUGUAUCAAAAGCAUAUUAGUGAACGUGCGUGUAACUUGCUAUAAAAUAUGUGUAAACUCCCGCCCUGUAGCAUAAGGUAGGAUUCGGGAUAUGAUUCUUAGUUAUUAGUUUUCCGCUUUUCUAUUCCUUCACAAUGGCCUACGAACCCGGUAUAUACGUUACGUCAGUAAUUAAGGUGGGCCAUGUAAUUCUUUCAUGCUCAUAAUGUUGCAGAUAACAUAAUCAUUGAUGUAACGUGUUUGCAAUAUUUAGUUGGAUAACUUUUAUGAAAUGUAUUUAUUUGUUAAAUAUAUUUGCAUGCGAUCUUUUAAGUGUAGUAUUUUAAUGAAACAUAUAGGACAAUGCAAUAAAAAUUUAAAUGAA